AUGCCCAUGGGUUGCGGGAGGGGGGAUUUGCGGCGAUUCGAUCUGGGGAGGUCAUGGAGCGCGGCAUUGGUGGUGGCGGUCGCCAUGAGCUGCGCCGCUGGGGCCAUGGGCGCGCGGGGCAACGGCUUCGUGCGCGUCAUGGGCACGCGGUUCGUGGACAAGGACUGCGAGGAGUUCAAGUACAGCGGCUUCAACAGUUGGGAGCUGAUGGAAGCUGCUGCUGGAAUUGAGACAUCGCUGCCAGAAGACAUGAGCCACUUUGAGGGUCAGACCCUGGUGCAGUGGGUAUUCGAAAUGGCAGCAGAACAGCAACUCCUUGUUGGAAGAUUCUUCGCACACGGGCAUGCUUUCGGAGGUUUGCCUCUUCAAACUGAACCAGGGAUCUAUAAUGAAGUGGCUCUCCGAGGUUUAGAUGAAGUGGUAGCUGAAUCAAGAAACAAAGGUGUCAAAAUGAUACUCACCCUUACGGAUAACUGGCAAUCCAUAGAUGGCAAAAAAGCGUAUGCUGACUGGGCGGGGCUGAAGCCGGAUGCAUUUUACACGGAUGAGACAAUAAAACAAUGGUUCAGGGACCACAUUACCUUCAUGGUCAACCGGGUGAACAGCGUGACUGGUGUCCGUUAUGGUGACGACGACUGCAUUUUCGCCUGGAAUCUCAUCAACGAAGCGAGGUGCGACUGCGAUGUCCAUGCUCCAGACGAGGCGUGUGAGCCUCAGUGCACAGACGACAUUCAGGCGUGGUACGAGGAGAUGUCGAACUUCCUGAAGCUGCAGGACCCCGUGCACCUGGUGUCUACCGGGCAGGAGGGCUUCUACGCCCUCAACAGCGGCCGCCAGAGUGUCAAUCCAGAUUUCUUCAUGAACAACCCUCCUGACGAGUGGUGGGCGUCCAAGUCAGGACAAGACUUUGUGAGGAAUCACAACAUCACGGCAGUGGACUAUGCGUCGAUCCACAACUGGCCGGACAAUUGGGCGGCUCAGACCAUCGAGUUUCAGGACCAGUGGGUCCGCGAGCACAUUGCAGAUAGCAUCGCCCUUGGGAAGCCUCUCGUGGUGGAGGAGUUCGGGAAAGCCGUGGAUGCAGACGACGAGGAGCUUAGAAGAUCCGUGCGUGACCCGUUCUUUGUAAAUAUGUAUGAGCUAUUUCUGUCGGAAGUUAACAACGGAUCUCCUCUAAGUGGCGUUGGAUUCUGGGAAUUUGAUGCCAACAACAACGGCGACCCUGGGAAGUAUGGUGUACAGACAACGCAUGGCACCUGGACUGACAUAGUCCUUCCCAGUUCACAGGUGCUGGGGAACAUGCUAGCCACACUUCCACUGGUUGAGAAUUGCCUUCCAGGAGAGAUACGGGCCGUGGACGCUCUGGUCAUGGAUCCCCCGUCCGAUUCGUAUUACAUCAGCGCCGGGCCCAACAUUCUGGACGCUGUGGAGGGCAAGGAAAUUUCUUCCACGUCAGGCAUCAGCACUGCGAGAGAGUGCGCCGAGCUCUGCGACUCAAACCGCAAGUGCGCCGCCUUUGCGUAUAAUCCCCAGCAGGAGGGUGGCGUGUGCUCUAUCAAGAAGCGCUUGAAAAAGAAGGAAAGUUCUGGGGGCAGUCGUUGGAAUGUCGACGGCUGGCAGACGUUCCACAGGAAGCUCGGGGGAAGGGUGUGCUCCACAGACGGAUGCCAAUUCUGCACAGAGGAGGACGUGUGCUUGAAGUGCAACAGCGGGAGUUUGCUGUUCAGAUCCGCCGGGGGCAUUCUGGCAUGCCAGCCUUGCGAUACGGCGCCAGAAGCAGUUCGAGCAAAGAGGGAGGAAUGCCUUGUGCCAAAUAUUGCCUGA